AUGGUAACUACCUCACGCUCUAUAGAACAAAUUAGUGUCCUAUUGCCUAUCAACACCACCCGGGAUGGGGAGCAAGUCAUACAGGCAUCAUUCAAGAUUCCGUCAAACCUCCCUCCUCUCGAGUUCCUCCGCCAGGUCCAACGUCUCAUGGGUGUUGACCCAGACAAGCCGGUCCGCAUCGGCUACCGUGUGGUCCCAUCAAACAAGUCGGAACCCUUUGUCCGCUUCGAGACGGAGGAGGAUGUGGCUAAUGCCAUGAUGUCCACACUCACCCGGAUGAAGCGGGCGGUGUCACGGACAGUACAGCUGGAGCUGUCUAACCUGGAUUACAAGCCAGGUACAGCAGCCAGCUCAACAUCGGCCAACGGUACCAAGAAGAACGAGCCUCCAAAAUCUCAGUCCGCCUUUCAAGAUGAGCUGCGCAUUUGUCGGGAGAAGCUCCAUUAUGCCAGCCCAUCUGCAAGCUCAGAGUCAUCCUCGUCAAGCAAUGAGGAUGAGUCAGAUGCUGAGGGCGAGUCGCUGUCUAUCUCGGAGGUCCUCGCUGCCCUAGACAUGAAGCAGCCUGCAUCUCACUAUCCAAAGUACCAGGAUGCACUUACAGCUCAGGGCGUUGUCUAUGCCAGAAGUGCCCUUGACUUCUCGGUAAAGUGGUAUGUUCAGGAGAUCAAGAUGCCAGAGGGCCUUGUCAGGCCUUUCCUACGACAGGUGCAGACGAUGCUUCGCAAACGCCACCGGCAGAGCCGAGAGAACACAGAUCGCCACAAGCGUGUCCGUAUUGGUAACGAGAACAUUGAUCCGGUGUUGUUGGCUUGA